AUGUUUUCAUUUUUUUCAGAGCAAUUGAACAGAUUUGCAGGCUUUGGUAUUGGUCUUGCAAGCCUGUUUACAGAAAAUGUGUUGGCACAUCCUUGCAUUGUUCUGCGUCGUCAAUGUCAGGUUAACUAUCAUGCUCGGAAUUAUCAUCUCACUCCUUUUACUAUUGUCAACAUUAUGUACAGCAUCAAUAAGACACAGGGUCCAAGAGCUCUCUGGAAAGGAAUGGGCAGCACUUUCAUUGUUCAGGGCAUAACCCUGGGAACAGAAGGGAUCAUCAGUGAAUUUACACCUUUGCCAAGGGAACUUUCACGUAAAUGGAACCUCAAGCAGAUCGGUGGACACCUUCUACUCAAAGGUUUAACACAUGUGAUAGCAAUGCCUUUUUAUUCUGCGAGCCUGAUUGAAACUGUACAGAGCGAAAUAAUCCGAGAUAACCCUGGCAUCUUGGACUGCGUGAAAGAAGGAAUUGGCAGAGUUGUAGGCAUGGGAGUACCCCAUAGCAAGCGUCUUCUUCCUCUGAUGGUCUUGACUUUUCCAACUGCUCUACAUGGAGUUCUUCACUACAUCAUCAGUUCCAUUGUCCAGAAGCUUGUUUUGUUUGUUCUGAAAAGGGAUAAUUCCCGCAGCCUUCCAACUGAGAGCUCCACUUCUGUGCAGAGCAUGCUGGAUGCAUAUUUUCCAGAACUUCUUGCUAGCUUUGCUGCUAGCCUUUGUGCUGAUGUCAUGCUUUACCCGUUGGAGACAGUUUUACACCGCCUUCAUAUUCAAGGGACACGCACAAUAAUUGACAAUACAGACCUUGGCUAUGAAGUGCUUCCGAUCAAUACUCAGUAUGAGGGAUUGAGAGACUGCGUAAAUACUAUAAAACGGGAAGAAGGAAUGCUAGGGUUUUAUAAAGGAUUUGGAGCUGUUAUAGUACAGUAUACCUUGCAUGUGGCAGUUUUACAGCUCACCAAAAUUAUUUACUCAACACUGCUUCAGAAUAUUUCUUAAUCUGUUCAGGUGUGGAUUUAGCACAGUAGACAUGAUUAACUUACUAACCUAAUUAAAUGGCUUAGAAAAUGACGUUUGAAGAAUCCA